AUGGAUUGGCAGGAGAAGGAUGUGCUCGUCAUCGACGAGGUGAGCAUGCUCGGGGCGCGGACGCUGCACGCCGUGAACGAGCGGCUUCGCCGGCUUCGCGGAUCGCGGCAAGAUUUCGGGGGGAUCCCCAUCGUCCUCUUCUGCGGAGAUUUUCAGCAGUUCCGGCCGGUCCAAGAGAGGUCGAUCGUCCUGCCUAGCGCGGCCAUCUCGUGGGACGUAGACAACUCGUUCAAGGCCGAGCAGCGUCACCAGCACGACAAAGCGCACGCACUGUGGAAGAGGUUCACGACGGUCGUCAUGCUGGACGAGCAGAUGCGAAUCUUUUCGAGGCUUGGAGGGCGAUGA